AUGAAUCAAUUUAAGCAAUAUGGAUUACGUCGUCUUGAACGAGUUCAAGCUAUACCAUUUUUAUUAAUUGAUGAAGCUUAUUUGUGGAAAUUAUUUCUUCAACAAUACUUAUCUACAUCAUCAACAAAACAAAAUAAUACACUUGUAGAGACGGUUGCUCUGUCAAUUGCUGCUCCAAACGAUGUUCAUGAUUGGUUAGACACAUUGGAACAACGUUUUAAAAUGGCAAAAUGGAAUGAUGAAGAAAAAUUACAUUAUAUUUCAGUACAUCUACAAGAUGAUGCAUCUCGAUGGUGGACACAAGCAUCCAUAUCGAUUAAAACAUGGUCAUCAUUUACUGAACCUGUUAUAAAAGCUUUUGGAUCAACAAAAGUACAAGAAUUAGUAUUCGAACAAUUAAAAUAUUUAAUGGCUGGUAUAAGAGAAUCAUUAAAAUUACAUGUUGCUUUACAGGAUCCAAAGACAACUGAUGCAUUUUUAUCGCUCGCCAGAAAAAUUGAAGAUACAUUAUCAUUUACUACUGCAGAUAAUGAAAUGCAACAAAAUGAUAUUAACAUCAAUGCUACCACUACUCAAAAAUCAUUAGAACAAACAUCUAUUUCACAAAAAUCACAAAAAAAUAUUCGACAAAAUAUACCUUCACAAGAGCAAAUGCAAUUACGUCCAAAUUAUCAACGAUAUUCACAAUAUUCACAACGAUCAAAUUAUUGUUAUAAAUGUGGUACUCCUGGUUAUUAUGCUCGAGAUUGUACCCGUAUCCAUUUCGGAAACCCAUCGACUCUAAAUACAACUUUACUAUAUCUUAAUGUUAUUGUAAAUAAUAAAAAAAUGAAGGUAAUGAUGGAUACAGGUGCAAAUCGAUCUUUUAUUUCAAUCAAAGCUUUAGAUCCAUCCUAUGGUAAGCAAUUUAAUAAUAAAUCACAUAAUCGUGUAAUUUUAGCUGGUGGUUAUACAUCUCUUUCUGUUUUUGGUACAAUGAAUUUAUUUAUUAUGAUGAGUGAUAUGUCAACUUCUAUUAAGGCAUUAUUCGUUAAAGAAUUAUGUGCCGAUUGUAUAGUAGGUACGGGUUUCAUUCAUAAAUAUAAUUUAAUUAUUAAUACGGAAGAACAAAUAGUUUCCAUUAGUGAUAAUUAUAAAUGUAUCACAUUAAAAUUUGAUAUUAAUAAAGGUGAUAUAAGAUAUCCUGCACGUCUAAUUAAUAAUGUUCGGAUUCCAUCAAAGCGAACAGUAACAGUUCUUGUAUCUCUGGAAUUAUCAUCAGCUAAAGUAUUAUUUCGUCCAUGCUUUAAAUUAUAA